GGCCGAUUAAAAAGGCAACAUGGCCAGAAAAGAAAAUUUUGAUUUCCAAAUUUCUGAUCCCUCAAAGGCAUUACAAACCGAAAUAAAUAUCGAAGCACAACGACAGGAACGCUUGUCUAAACUGAAAAGGGCAAUGUUCCUGGCAAGCAUUACUGGCAUGUCUGCACUGGUGGGAUUUGGCUUCACAGUUGCCUUGGCAAAAAGGAAGGAUCCAACCACAUUUACCAAGAGUUUGAUUGGAAGUCGUGAUUUGCCAGAAAGUGGGACUUCAUUGGCUCUGCGAGCUCUUGCCUGGGGGACAUUCUAUUCGGUUUCCGGUGUCUCCUUGCUCUGUUUUGGUGUAUACAAGUUGUCAGGAGCUGAAAGUAUGAAAGAUUUUACUCGCAAGAUUCAGUCAAUUAUGCCAAAAGUUCCCAAAAAACCUCAAGAGCAGCAGGGAAAGAGUGAUUUCAAGACUGUACGUGAACUGGUCAAUUAUCUCAUCGAUGAAGAUGAGAAGAACAAGAAGGAGGGAAAGAAAACUUGAAGUUGGUCGUUAUUGCAUGGGAGGAGGAUCAGUGGGGUCAUGUCAUGGCGGGCCUUCACAGGACUGACUUUACUUGCGCCAGCUGUGUGUGACUGGUCAUACACUGCUGCUUGUGCUGAGAUGACUUUAGUUCAGCCAGAUUGUCAUGACUGCGCUUGACAGGAUUGCAGCAAGUCUCAAGAUGACUUUGACUCAAUCUGAUGUUGUGGUAGGCCUUGACAGGAAAUCACCUUGUCUAAGAUGGAAUUUCUAGCAAUUGUCAAUAAAAAUGGUAAUGUCCAUCAGAUUUGGGAGAGUGAAAGAAGAUUGGCUGCUUUUGGUCCAAAUCUGAAAAAAUGAUGAAUGGAAAGUCUUGAUGUUUGUGAUAUCAAAGGCAUAAAAGCCGAAUCAAUAUUUUCUCCUCAUCAUUAAGGGUUUACAAUGCAAAGACAUUUGGGAAAAUUAUGUUGGAAGAGCAAAAUGAAGACCUUUUUGAAUUAUUGUUUAAGAAACCUUUUAAUGAUGAAUAAAAGUGUUAAGUUU